AUAAUAUCCCGCAACCUUCGCUGAUUGAGCAGUUAUCUCCGGGGGAGUCAAAGCAACAGCACUCCAACGCCGUGCCAGCCUGCUCUGAUAACUCCUCGUUUCUUUGCCUGUAUCAAACCCUCCGCAGCCGCCGAUCAUGCCGUCGAGCCCAUCCGAGAUACAUAACGGGGGGCUGGCGAGAAGCGCCUCUGCGGAUGUAUCCUUCCGCAAUUCUGGCUCCGGCAUUCAAUGCGGCAAUAUGGGCGACGGGCCUCAGAAUGUCAAUUCUGGGCUCGGCUACCAAUUCAAUGUACAGAGACAGUAUAUUGAAUGGGCUGCCUGCAAUCGAGGUCUACUCUGGAUCAAAGGCAAGCCAGGCUCCGGGAAGUCGACAUUGCUGAAGCAUGUGCUGCGGAGAGUUGAAACAAAGCCGGGUAUGGGAGAUGAAUCCAUCAUUCUCUCGUUCUUCUUCCACGGUCGAGGCUCUGAACUGCAGAAAACCCCGUUGGGGCUCUUCCGGUCGCUUCUUCAUCAUCUUCUCACCCGGGUCCCCCACUCAUUAUCACUUCUCGUCGAUGAGUUUCAACAACGAUGCAGUACCAUUGGCAGGGUGGGUGAGGAAUGGCAGUGGCACGCGCGCGAGCUGAGGGCCUUUUUCGAGUCGUCGCUGCUGAAGGUCUUGGAGAGACGGUCUGUUUUGCUCUUCGUCGACGCCCUGGAUGAAUGUGGCGAAGAAAACGCAGUCCACCUAGUCGAGUAUUUCAAGUUGCUCAUCAAGAAACUUCCUCCCACCACUUCGCGAUUCAGGAUUUGCUUUUCAUGCCGUCACUACCCUAUCUUAGAGCUCGAUUACGGAUCGCAGAUCUGCGUGGAGGAUGAGAACAUGCGGGAUAUUGCCGCUUUCACACAAUUACACGUCGAGCCCUGGGAGUCUUUAUGUGGGCGCGCCUCGUCGUGGAACGCGUUCUAUCGCCGGCACGUAGAGGGGGAGGGCUUAAGAAGAUCAAGGCGGAAAUCCGGCGUAUCCCUCCAGAGUUGGAUGACUCUGUACGAUGAGCUCGUCCGAAGCAUGGAGGAUAUGGCAAUGUCUCAAAGAAUGAUCCAAUGGAUCUGUUUUUCGACAAAACCACUAUCAACAGAGGAGUUAAGAUGGGCCAUGGCCAUUAAUCCCGACCACCCGCACAAGUCAAUACAACAAUGCCAGGAGUCAGAGGAUUAUACGUCGGACAACGAGACGAUGGAGCGGAGGAUCAAAACGCUUAGCUGUGGCCUUGCCGAGACGGCAUGGUCGUUCGAACAGUGGAACCCCAUCUCGACUGUGCAGUAUAUCCACCAAUCGGUCAAGGACUAUUUUAUAAAGAAAGGCCUAUCAACAUUAGCGGCCUUAGACGGCAGCGUGGUUUCAAGCUCCGUGCUCCCUUUGGUGGUUUACGCCGCGACAUCGUGGGUGUACCAUGCGAAACAAGGAGAAGCUGAAGGAAUAUGCCAAGAAGAUCUUUUGCAGAAUAUAGGCUGGCCACCAGAAGAUCGUGUGAAACUCUGGGUACGCAUUUACCGGAAAGUAAUGCGCUUCUCCUCCGAUUGCCCAUCGGAAGGAACCAGCCUACUUCACGUCGUAUCAAGAUAUGAGUUGACACAACUGUUAUCAGUCAUUUUGCAAAAGGCAGACAAAUUGGCACUCGAUAUUAACUGCCGAGAUAGCCAUGGAAGGACCCCAUUGUCAUGGGCUGCUAUCGAGGGCCACGAGGCCGUCGUCAAGCUGUUGCUCGCUACAGACAAAGUUGAUAUCGACGCAGGCAACGUCGACGUCAAUGUGGGGGAUUACUGUGGCAAGACGCCGCUUUCAUAUGCUGCAAAGCGUGGGAACGAGGAUAUUGUUAAGUUGCUGCUUGCUACAGACCAGCGUUACUCAGGUCAGGCUGUGAGUAGUUGA